AUGUUUGACUAUUAUACUUGUCAUUAACAAUGAUUUAUUAUGAAAAUGUUAAGGAUAAAAUAUAACAACUGCCUAAAAUAUAUUUUAUAAAUUGAACUCCGUGAGUCACUUGGGAGUUUGAUUAUGCACAUAGACUAGACGAUAGAAUUGAAUGCAAGUGCGGCAAAAAUCUAAAAUUAUUUUGACCAUUUACAUUUGGAUGGGCAUAAUGCCACUUUAAUGCCAAAUUUUAUUUUGAAAAAGGAUUCUAUUAUUUCCUAAGUCUAAAGUAGAGUAUACGAUGUUUAAAGGUGAACACUUUUUUACAGGUAAGUAUUCAUAAUUUAUCCAGGAAACAGCGUUUAAUGCAUGAUAUAUAUUUUCCAAGGAAACAAUAAAUGAAUUCUACUGUUUCUAUCUUUAGCUUGUGUAAGGUUUUUCAAAAAGUGCUACUCCAUAUCAUCUGAAAAAGUUUCAUGGAAUAAUGCCAGCAAUAAAUGCCUUGAGCGCAAUGAACAUCUUGUCACUAUAACAUCCAAAAAAGAAAUGACCUACAUCCAGUACUUACUUCGCAGUCAGAUAUAUAAACAACGUGCGAUGCUGAAGCGUGGAGUAGAUGAACAUAUUAAUCCUGGAGCAUAUAUUGGUUUACGGCGAGUAAAAGAGGAACGGAGGACAAGUUUUUACUGGAUUAAUGAUCUCCGCGUUACUUUCAGUGCUUGGGGAAGCGGACAACCUGCAACUGGAGAUUGUACUUAUAUGUCAUUCGAGAUUUUCAACAGCGAAAAAAUUUGGUCGACAGUAGAUUGUUUUGAUGAUUUGGUCGAUUUUUUCAUCUGCGAGAAACCAUAUUCCGAAGAUGAGAUUCAAGCAAAAACUGAUAUCAAGGAAAAUGAAUGUACAAGUGUAUAUAGGAAAGAAGACUUUAUUGUCUCUCCAUACUCUGGUAAAACAUGCAAAAAUUGGGGAAACCUGUCUGGCGAAGCUAAAGUUGAUUUUGACACGAAGUUUUCGUCUUUGAGCAUUUCUUUAAACGAUUCGACUCUAUGUAUAGAUUUACUUUCAAAUGGUAUUCCUUGGUGUUACGUUAAUGACCCGGGCAAAUCUUUGUGGGAGCCGUGCUUUUUGUUUUUAAAUGGUAAGUUAUUUAUUUUUGAUUUGAUUAUCAUAAAAAGACAAAGGAAAACUGAGUUGAUUCUUUUCUAACAAAAUAUAUCAUUACAUAAUGAGAGUAGAAAAUAUUUUUUUAUCCGGAACUAUACUAAUAAUAUUCACUUGAAUAUACAACAACAGCAGCACAAAAGGAAAAUACAAAAUACGAGUUUCAGUUUA